CGACAUACGUCCGUCUUCCUUCCCAUCCAUCCAAUUCCCUCCUCCCAUACGCCCGCAUACAUACAUACUUCGACGCUUUGCCGUCCGGGCCGCCUCUCAAAGGAAGACCACCCCUGCUGGCCUCAGUCCUUGGCCAACCGACCCACCGGACGUGACUUUCGACUCGCAUCAUCCUGCGUCUGUCCUCUCGCUCCCCCCAUUUCCCGUUCCCGCCUUAUAAGCAGCACGUCGCGCUCGCUCUACAAAUGUCCGGCAACCCCAACGACCACAACGACCCCAAUCGGCAGGGCCAGUACAACGACCCCAACCGGCCAGGUCCGUACAACAACGACCCCAAUCGUCCGGGUCCGUACAACGACCCUAGUCGACAGGGUCAGUAUCCGCCGCCGCCUCAAUGGAGCACAAGUCAACCUGAGGAGAACUCGCCUGCUCAAUACCCGCCGGCCUCUCAAUAUCAGUAUCCUCCCGCUUCAUAUGCUCCUGCCCCGGACCACCAUUACCAGCCUCCGUCGCAAUACCCGCCUGCGCCUCCAUCACAAUACCCUCCCCCCUCCAACAUGGCGAUGCACCCACACGUCCAGGGUCCACAGGACCCAUACCGUCUCCCCCACCCGGGUGCUUACCGCGCCCCAGAUGUAUAUGCCCAGCCCCCUCCGCCACCUCAAGUAGUCUAUCAAGCUGCUGCUCCCCGUCAGCGGACUGCUAUCGCCUGUCGCUAUUGCCGGAGACGCAAGAUCCGCUGCUCCGGAUUCGAAAGCUCCACGGAUGGACGCUGCAGCAACUGUAUCCGCUUUAACCAAGAGUGCAUGUUUACGCCCGUCUCGUCCCAGGCGCAGGCCUUCGUACCUGCUCACGCCGCCUACCCACAUCUCCGGAACGUACAGAAUCCCGGACGCGCCGGUGGACCCCCAGUGACGCUUUACGGUGCCCAUGGCCAACCUCUCCCACCUCAACAGCAGCCAGAGACACUCCCGCCCCCGCAAGGAUUGUAUCAGCAUCCCUAUGGACACGCGCCUCCGCCCCCGCAGGAUCAUGUAAGUCGCGAGUUCCUCUUUGGAUCUUCCUUUAUUCAUUAUUUCGAUUUGCAGAGGCCCAUUGGUCGCCGAGGAUCUGGCUCCGGAUUUGAGUACCCUGAUCCCACAAACCUCGCACCGGUUACACCCACAACAUCUGCUUCCGGAUACCAGGCGCACCCUGCUCCAAUGCCUUACUACCCGCCGCCUCAACAACACGAUCGGCGUCCCUCGCCACAAUCGGCCUACGCUUACGAUAGCCGCCAUUCGUCGUCGCCUCAUAGCUCCCCGUAUCCUCCCAUGCAUCCCAGUCAAGGCGCAAUGACCCCUCCCCCCACAUUCACUCCGGGUGGUUCUUCCCGCGGUGGGCUCAAUGUGCGUGACAUGUUGAACCCGGGAGAUAACCCGGGCCAGCCGCCCGCAGAUGGCCAAGCUCGUUCUGGAGAUGCUCGCUCCGGGGAUCGCUCUGCAGAUGGUCAAGGUCGCUCUAGCACCGACAGUGAUAUGCUCAACGCAUUGAACCGCCGGGGGCCCCAAUAAUAAUUCGGGGAAUAGUUGGUUGUCCGGUCAGAAGGGUCGCUCAUGAUCGGGACCAGGGUGGAUGACGAGGAUAGAUCUGGAAGAGGUGGGCACGGAGCAGGAAGUAUUAGGUUUGAAUUCGUUGUUGGUUGAUGCGGAAGGCUCGUGUGCUGGUCACACAUUUUUCAACGUGACGUUUGGGUUCGAGUGUCUUGUGCCUGUCACAGUACGAAAAACGCAAACGGGACGGGGCAAGGGAAACGAAAUUCUCUGCGGGUGCUACUCCCAAAGAAUGCCGGCUUGAUCAAGUGCAACGCA